AUGUCGAAUGUUCCCUUGCUUGGUUCAGUCGACUGUAGUUCCCGCUACGAUGCCACCUCAAGUGGCAGAAGCGAUGGUCACGGUCCAACUCUUCCUCUAGCUGACGUUGACAGACCGAUCGUGGAGAAGAGGCUUCUUCGUAAGUUGGACCUUCGAGUAGCCUUUCUGGUUCUGGUUUACAUCAUGAAUAUCAUGGACCGCACUAAUAUAGCUGCAGCGAGGCUGCGUGGCUUCGAAGAGGACCUUGGCAUGACGGGGAAUCAAUUCAAUACACUUACAAGCAUCCUUUUUUUAGGUUAUUUGUUGACACAAGCUCCUUCCAACAUGAUCCUACACCGCAUGAAAUGGCCAUCAUUAUACCUCUCGAGCUGUAUGGCAGUAUGGGCUGCUAUGACCAUGUGCAUGAGCGCGGUACAAACAUAUUAUGACGCUCUUAUCUUGCGCUUCUUUAUUGGAUUUGUGGAGGCGACAUUUUUUCCUGGAGCUGUAUUCCUUCUUUCACGUUGGUACAAGGGCAAUGAGUUAGGGUUGCGCAUAACAUUUCUUUUUUGCGGCAACUCCAUCAGCUAUGCUUUUAGUGCUCUUACUGCGCUGGGAAUUUUAGGAAGCUUAGAUGGUGCUCUAGGUUUUACGGCUUGGAGGUGGCUCUUCUUCGUGGAGGGUGCUUUAACCUUCACCAUUGCGGUGACUGCAAUCUGGAUUUUACCCGAUUUCCCUUCAACAUCGAACGUCUGGCUUCUGCCCGCUGAACAGGUGCUGGCCAAUCAACGAAUGGAGGAAGAAGUCGUGACUAGAAUUGAGCGCGAAGGCAAGCCCGAGGAUAAUUUCUCUGGUCUUACUGAGGCUCUUUUGGAUUGGAGGGUAUGGUGGCUUGGUGUUACUCUUAAUUUGUUGAUUUCCUCGACGUCAUUCGCCAAUUUCUUCCCAACGCUAUCUGCAACGAUGGGUUUCAGCGUGACUACUAGCCUCUUUCUCUGCGCACCCCCUUGGAUUCUGGGCACUGCAACCUCAUUUAUCGUGGCCAGGCACUCCGACGUAACUGGUGAUCGCUUCUGGCAUAUUGUCGGUCCUCUACUUGUCGGCGUCGCUGGAUACAUACUCGCAAUUUCUACUAUGAAUACGACUGUGCGAUAUUUAUCCCUAUUCUUGAUGACUCAGAGCCCAGUCGCCUAUGCUGUCACUUUGACCUGGGUCACGAAUACGUUCUCUCAAUCACAGUCUAAACGCGCUGCAGCUAUCGCACUAAUAAGCUCCAUGGGAUCAGCUGGUUUCAUUAGUUCAUCAUACUUUUGGCCGUCCAGAUGGGGACCUUCAUACGUGAACUCGUAUCUCUUGUGCAUCUCGACAAGCGUCGUGUGCAUUGCGAUGUGCUGGAUAUUUAGGGAGCACCUCUCCCGGUGUAAUAAAGCUGCUGAAGCGGAAGAAAAAGUUCUAGGGCUACCUGAGGAAAGAAAACACCAACCUCCAGACACAAACGGCAUUCAGCCCUCAUUUAUAGGCUAUAUCUCCAAGGGCAUCGCCCUAUGCGGAACAGGCCACAUACGUGGCGCGAGGGCAGCAUUUGAUGUUGCAUCCGUGUACACGGACCUAGAUCCAGAAACAAUUCAUUUCCUGCUCUCGAUUAAGGUCAUUGCGCUCUUCCAUGCAGAUCAACAUGACGAAACAAACCUGCUCCUCAAAGAACUCACUAACGGUUGUCCGAAUGCCGAUAUUCGGGCAUGUCAUGUCGUUCGUUGAAGUAUCAUGGAGCCACGCUGUGCCAUUAAGACUAAUCUUUGCAAUCGAAAACCAUGAGGCAUAUUGAAGGGGGUACAUUGUGAAAGUAUUACACGUGGGUGGGUUGAGACUUG